AAAAUUAUCAUCUAACACAGCAUACACAAGGGAAAAAAAGAAAAACGAUAUUAUUAGAAGAAAAAAAAUGGCAUCAGUUGAAGAACCAAUACUCUCUAGAAUCGAUAGACUUGACAAUAUAAUUAAAAAACUCGAGGAAGUUCGAGGAGGUGAUCAUUCACCGAAGACAUCCACAGCGUCGAGCGAGACGUUAACGAGCGACGGGCAAGUUUCGUCGCUCGAUUUCUCUCCGAGAAGCAUGGAGAAGCACUGCCGCCCCAUAGACGACGUGAUUUCGGAGACGGAGCACAAGGGGACACUCAUGGAGAGGCUUGUGAAUGUUGAGAAGAGGGUGUUGAAUGUGUGUUUGCAAUGGGAGGCAGAGUUGGAGAUGAUCAAGAAGAAUAAUAAUAAUAAUGAUGUUGGUGUUGAAGAGAAUUUGAAUUUGAAUUUGAAGAAGAAAAGACAAGUGAGUAAUGUUGUUAUAAUUGAGGAAAAGAAUAAGGCAUCAUCUCCUCAUAAGAAGGGUAGUUUCAAGAGCUUUGUGAAGUCUUGUGUUAAAGGGAUACAUGAACAUUAGUUCGAGAUUUUGUGGGAUUUGAAUGUACGUAUGGGUUUUUGUUUUGUAGUUUUUUGCAAGUUUAUUUGGUUUGAUGUAAGGUCUUUUUAGAACCAAAGAGGAUCCAUGUUUUUGUAAGUUGAUGUCAAUUGUAUCUUGGAUAUGAUUUAUGUUAAACAUACAUUAUACUUGAUUUUA